AUGCACCACCACCCAAAUAAUCAAGAAAGAGCUAUUAGUCUGUCAAUCCUACAGUUUGUCUGGACCUGGUGAGUUUCCCCGUGUUGAGAUCCACGCCUGGUGGUGCCCUUCCGUCAAUUUCUUUAAGUUUCAGCCUUGCGACCAUACUCCCCCCAGAACCCACAUACUUUAGUUUCCCACAUGGUGCCUGACGAGUCACUGAAUAGUACAACGAUCGUCCGAUCCCAAGUCGGCAUGAUUUACGGUUGAGACUAG